AUGGCUGAUUCAGUGGCAACAAUUGCACUAGGUGUCAUUUCUAGUAAAAACCGUAAUUUUGGCAAUAAUAAUCCUAAAGUACAUAAUGAGCUCACGGCAUUCUGGGCACCAUUUAUGCUGUUACACCUUGGCGGCCAGGACACAAUCACAGCUUUUGCGAUACAAGACAAUCAAUUGUGGUUAAGGCACUUUCUUGCACUAGUUGUUCAAUCAUGUGUGACAUUCUACAUCUUUAACACAUCUUUGAAGGGCAACUGGCUUUCGCUUCUUACUAUUCCCAUGAUUCUUGUUGGGUUCAUCAGGUAUGUAGAAAGGAUAUGGGUCAUGCGAUCAGCAAAUAAACCUCCAGUAGACGCUGAUGAGAUACCUCCAGUAGACGCUGGUAUCAGCAAUGGUGGUACAACAACAGACCCACUUAUUACUUUUGGCAAAUUCAGAGAUCUCUUUCUAUAUCAGAAGAUGCCGGUUGCAUUUCGACAAGGCAUCCGUGGCCAAUUUGAAAGUUAUGAUUUUCGAAGAGCAUUCGAAAGGAUUGAAAUUGAACUCGGACAUGCAUAUGACUAUUUCUACACCAAGGCUCCUCUGUUUUAUAGGAGUUGGGGUUGCAUCUUUCGCAGCAUCACUCGUUGUUUCAUCUUUUGCGUGUUUGUAUUCUUCAUCGUAAAGGAGAGACAAAGAGAUCUGAAAGUGGAUUUGAUUAUCACUUACAUACUGCUGGGUGGAGCUCUAUUUAUAGAGACAUAUACUGUGAUUUUACAUAUUUCCUCUAAUAAGGGACUUCAAUGCCCAUGGUUAGAAAAGCUUAAUCCGUUUUUCUCAUUAUUUGUCAGUAAUGAUAAAUUGUGGUCAAACACAAUGGGUCAAUUCAAUAUGCUUAGCUUUUGCUCCAAAAAUCCUGGAAUUGACCUACAUGGAACCCCAAAAUUCUUUGUUGACUUGAGAGUGUUGUUCUUCAGUCACAUAUUGCCAAGGAUAAGUAGGGAACUAGAGAUGCUUUUCUAUAGGACCAACAAGCAGGUCUCUGAUGAGCUGAAAAGCUUGGUCUGGGACAAGAUUAAGGAAAACCCAAAUGUUUAUAAAUCAGUGCUUUCUGUAGACUAUAAUGUCCUGUACUUAACUCAGGAUAGAAGCAUAUUUGUAGAACUUGAUGUGAGCAUUAUCAUCUGGCACCUUGCCACGGAACUCUGCUUUUACACUGAUAAGGGUAGCAAUGCAGAAGCGGAUAAACGACAUGUGAUUAAGGAGAUAUCAGAGUACAUAAUGUAUAUACUUGCCUUUUGUCCUUACAUGUUUUCAAUGGGAAGUGUAAAAGUGAACUUUCAAUCUUCAUGUAGACACGUUGGGGAUCUUCUCAAACAUUGCAGAGGAUCAUCGAUGUCCCGAGUUUUUGAAGAAUUAACGUCACGUCUAACUGACGGGAGGGUUUACCUCAAAAGAGAACCUGGCCAUGUUGAGUCUGUCAAGGGCUAUUUAUUAGAUACCGAUUUGCUAGCAUGUGCAGAUCUGGUUGCACGAAAAUUGAGAGAGAAGGAAGAACAAAAAUGGGAGCUCUUGACUAAGUUUUGGGUUGAGACCCUAACUCAUGUUGCAGCACUUUGUAAUGGAAUUAGUCACGCUCAACAACUACGAAAAGGUGGGGAGUUUCUUACGCAUAUCUGGUUUUUGAUAGAGCAUUUGGACCUCAAAGAAAAAUUUCAAAUGCCACGAGCAGUUCCACAUCUGGAAGAAGAAGAGACACCAGCGCCACGACGAGCAGUUCCACAUUUGGAAGAAGAGACACAAGCAGAGUGGACUCAGGAUCUACAUAUUUGUGCAGUGUAA